AUGGCCAUAACCAUCCUCCCCCUCCUCGAGGCGGACAUCCCCAGCUUCGUAAAAAUCGAACUGGAAGCUUUCAGAUCGCACCCACGAAUGCCAAUGCUGUUCCCAAUGCCAUAUCAAGAUGACCUCUACGCAUUCUACAACGAGCGCAAGACCAUCAGUUUCCGUGACGAUGAGUGCCGUUUCAUGAAGGCAGUAGACGACGAGACGGGCAACAUCGUAGCGGUCUCGGAGUGGACCUUCUCUCUUGAUUCGAACAAGACCGCCAUAGCACGGCUUUCAGAUCCGAACGAGCAGCCACCGGCAAACUGGCCCAAGGGCGGCAACUGGGGAUUGAGGCAGUGGUUUAAGAUCGAAUGGGAGGAGUGGAGACGGGAGAAUUUGGCCGGCAAGGCUUAUAUAUUACUCGACAUCCUGGUCACAAAUCCAACACAACAGCGUCGCGGCGCAGGCGCAAAGCUUCUCGCAUGGGGCUGUGAGCAGGCGGACAAGCACGGGGUGAUGAUGUGCCUGGAGUCCACCCCGGCAGGCCUGGGGUUGUACGAGCGCUUCGGGUUCCGCCAAGUCCGCACGCUCAAGGCUGAUAUGAGGGACUUUGGCUGGGAUAAGCCGUAUGACGAG